AUGAUGAUGUGUGAUGUACUUUGCAGGAUUUCCAGUCAUAGGAGAUCAGAUCACAUAUUAGUUUGUCUCUUACAGAUGGUGAAGGGAACCAAUGUGUACGGCAUCCUGCGGGCCCCUCGUUCUGCCAGCACGGAGUCCCUGGUGCUCAGCGUACCCUGCAGUGAGGGGCAGAAUAACAACCAGGCUGUGGGGCUCCUCCUAUCUCUGGCAUCCUACUUCAGAGGGCAAAUCUACUGGGCCAAGGACAUCAUCUUCCUGGUGAAUGAACAUGACCUGAUCGGGAUGGAGGCGUGGCUGGAGGGCUACCAUGAUGUCAAUGUCACAGAGAUAAAGUCGUCGGUGAUGAUGGGACGGGCGGGCGGGCGCCAUUCAGGCAGCCAUAUCCCUGGAGAUGAGCAGUGAUGUCAUCACCAGCUUUGAUGUCGUGGUUGAGGGACUCAAUGGACAGUUGCCCAACCUGGACAUGGUGAACCUGUUCCUCGCCUUCUGCCAGAAGAACCAGCUGCUGUGUACCAUCCAAGGCAAACUGCAGCGGAACGACUUUGACAGUUUGCCGGCUCACAUCCACAACCUGCAUAGGAAUGUUCUGAUCUGUGGUUCUUGACAAGCAGGGCUCCAGACGAUGGCCGGCCACAAGGGGACCACGGCCUCUUCCUCCGAUAUCACAUCGAAGCCAUCACCCUGCGUGGCAUCAACAGCUUCCGCCAAUACAAAUACGACAUGGUCACCAUUGGACAGACCAUGGAAGGAAUGUUCCGCAAACUGAACAAUUUAUCGGAGCGGCUCCACCAGUCCUACUUCUUCUACCUGCUGCCCUCCCUCUCCCGCUUCGUGUCCAUCGGGAUCUACAUGCCGGCCAUCGGCUUCAUCAUCCUCAUCCUGAUCCUCCGCGCUCUGGAUCUGUGGAUUAAGCUGAGUCGAUCGGAGGCCGUGGCCGAGGACGGGGACGGGGACAUAGAGCAGGACACCCGGCCCAGCAUCCUGUCUCUGGCCACGCCCCUUGUCAUCAGCCACGCCACCGGCCUCAGCCUGUACUACAUCCCGGUGCUGAGCCAGGAGAUGGCCACCGAUCACUUCCCGGUAUCCGAAUCCGAGGCCGUGGUGCUGAUCGCCAUCGCCAUAUACGUGGCUGGGCUGGCGCUGCCCCACAACACGCACAGGGUCCUGACUGGCACCGGCUCGGACCAGGGAUGGAUGACCCUCAAACUCAUCUCCCUCUUAUAUCUGGCUGUCCAGUUGGGAUGUAUCGCCGUCAUCAACUUCUCCCUGGGCUUCAUCCUGGCCGUCACUCUUGUACCCGUGGCUGCCGUGGUCCAACCUGUGGGGCCUAGGUUUUUUUAUGCACUUCUUCUAGUCCUGGUGACACCGGCCACCACCCUCCUUGGCAGCAUCUUCCUCUACAGGGAACUGAUCGAAUACCCCGUCAGCUUGUUAGAAUGCUGGCAGAUCUUCCUGCAGUCCAUCGCGGGGGGCAUGCUGGACCAUUACCUUUACGGAUCCUUGCUCUUCCCCUUCAUCGCAUUCUUCGUGUACCCAUGUUGGCUGCAGCUGUGGAACGUGGUGUUCUGGAAGUGA